GCCGUGCACUAGCUGCAAGUCAGGCGUUGGCAGCAGCAAACGCCGCAGCUAGGGAACAGGCAGCAGCAGCAGCCAGUGCAACAGCAAUGGCUACUGCUGCAGCAUCCUCUGCUGCAUCCUCGUCUGGGACCCAAUUGGGGAUGCCCCCUCGGCCCACGGGUACUUCCGGAUCAGUAGGUUCUAGUCAGUCCACAAGUCAAAUGGCGGGAUCGCAGUUCAGUCCGUUGACCCCACGCGACAGAGAGCUACUAGAGCUCCAACAAGUCGAGAGGAUCCUCACUCGGUUAGAGAGGGAACUGAAGCAAGCUACCGACAAAGAAAAUAAGAUCAGAAAUAUAACAGCUAGGCUUGAUACGUUAGAGGCAGACAAAGCUGCAUUAGAGGAGUUAGAUGAGUCAGCAAUGUUUGACACAAUGAAAGUAUUAAGGUCCAACAUACUCUCACUGCAUGCGCAUGUGGACAGCAGGCUGGAUUUCAUGCAGAAGUCCUUGGACCAAAUCUUGGACCUUUUGCAAAGGCCAGGAUUACGGCCAGCAGCGCAGUCGCCGUUGCCGUUAACGGCGAUGUCAGGCCCCUUCCCGGUACAAGCUGGCACACAGCCAAGUGACCUGCCAGGUCUGUCAGCGAGACAAGCCAAGAACUCAAGCACCACUUGGGUUGCUGAAGCCCUUGCCCAUUCCCGCUGGACCAAGCAGAGUGUCUCCAUGGAUUUCAUGGACACCCUGGUCACCAGCAGGAGUGGCAAGAGGCAUAUCUUUGUUAUCAUAGACAGGUUUACCAAGUUCGCUAGACUGAUUGCCAUGCCAGAGACUGCGAGGACUGAGCACGUCAUCAAGCUGUUCAUGGACAACUGGGUGCGUGAUUUCGGAUUGCCAAAGUCAAUCGUUAGUGACAGAGAUGUCAGCUUUACAAGUGAGCUGUGGAAGAAGACUGCUGAGCAAUUAGGCAGUCAACUUCAGAUGACUUCCGGGAAUCAUCUUGAAGCCAACGGACAGGCCGAACAGAUGAACAGAGUUGUACAACAUCUGGUGAGGCACUACAUCAAGCCCAGCCAGGAUGACUGGGAUGAGAAAUUGCCUCUCAUUGCCAGCUUGUACAACAACGCUGUACACAGCAGUACCAGCGUCAGUCCUAACCAGCUGCACUUGGGAUGGAAGCCUAGAUCAGCGUUGGACUUCCUCCUGCCUGAAAACCGACCCUCUGCAACUCCGGGCAAAUUUGAGUAUGGUGUGCAGUAUGAGAAGUUGUUGCAGCAAGCCGUCGAGCACAUCAGGAAAUCUCAAGAAACAAUGAUUGCUUAUGAGAACAAACAUCGUUGACAGUCCACAUUUCAGGUAGGGGAACGUGUCUGGGUCAAGGCUAGUGAGCUAGGACAUGA